AAUAUGUCAUUUAUUUGAAGUUGUUAAAAUGGAAGUAGAGUUAAUUGGAAAUAAACAAGCUACAUAUAUUUCCUUAUUCAUUUUAAAUAAUAAGUUACCAAAUUAGUCAUAAAAUAAUACGCGUCUACAACAGGAUAAGAAUAUAUAGGGAUAAUAUUUAAUAAUAUACGGCUCAGUACUCACGUCAUAUUUUUUCAGUGUAUAACUGAACACGCAUAGAAGAAGACUUGUCCAGCGAUACUUAAUAAAAAAAUUAAUUAAAAAUGGAUUUAAUCAAAAGUGCCCGAGAAUUUAUAAGCCACUGGUAUUUAAGAUAUUUAGUGUCAAUUGAGCUGUAUAUGGUGGAGCCAUGGGAAAGGCUUGUAAUACAUGUAAUAUUUGCCAUAUUUUUUGGCUUAUUUUGGUAUUUCAACUACUCAGUAAUUGUUUAUGCAAUUGCUCAAAUAAGAAACUGUCCCAGCCAUGCCUAUGAAAUGCUGUAACUAAGGAAUGAUGGUAUCGUGAAGAAAUAUUUUGUUGUACUAUUGUUAGUAUACUUUGUUAAAUAAAUAUUGUCUUUUUUAUGCUUCUUUAACCAAAUAUUUGUGUCGUCAAUUAUUUUUAUUUAAAAAUGAUAAGAUAUAUGAUAAGGAACCUAAUUCUAUUAAAACUAUUCAGAUAAUCAAGGUUCUUGGAGUAAUAAUACAUAGAUAUCUAGACAUUCAGUCCGACGCUAUUAUGUUCUUGUAGAAUAUUUAAUAAUAAAUAAAAAUACACUGUUUGUAUAUAAAAAAAAUAUUUGUUUGAGUAAUCUUAAAUUGUACCACAAUUAAGUUGAUAGUAAAACCACUAUAUAAGAUCAAAUAAAUAACAAUAUUGCUGUC